AAUAAAUCAUAUAAUGGCAAUUUUUAAUUUAGUUGAUCAAACAUCUUCAUACGGAGCUUAUCAUAGCAAUACUGUCAAUAAAUUUAUUCAUAUUGUUUUUGUUCCAUUAAUUUUACUUACAGCAUUUAUUUUUAUUAAUAAUUUACCACACUCUCCAUUCCUCGAAGAUUUAUUAGCACCAUUAAAUAAUGUCAGUAAAGGAUUGAUUCCAUUUGCAUUAUCCACCCCAUUGGCCAUUGCUUUAGCAUUAUAUUAUUGUUUUUUAAAUGUCAAAGUUGGUUUAGUAUCAAUGGUUUGGAUUUUAGCAGCAAACUAUGUUGCAUUUUCAUCAAUUAACAAAUACGGAUUAGAAACUGCAACCUAUUAUGGUAUUAUUAUCCAUAUUUUAUCAUGGGUAUCCCAAUUUGUAGGACAUGGUGUAUUUGAAGGCCGUAGACCAGCUCUUUUAGAUAAUCUUUUCCAAGUCUUUAUUGCACCAUUCUUUGUUACAUUAGAGGUUAUCUUUAUGUUUGGUUUCUUUAAUCGUACAAGAAUCGAAGUUGAGCACAAAAUCAAACAAAAUAUUGCUCUCGCUAAUGCUAAACAAGGUAAAAAGAUUCCAUAAAUAUAAAAAAGUAAUAAAUAAAAAAGGAUAUAACUCAAUAGUCAAGUAAAAUACAGCAGUUAAAGAAAUAAAAGUCAUUUUAAUAAAACUAAUAUAAUUUUAUAUAUCUAU